AUGGUACGACAGUAUAAUUCUCCGGUCUGGACUUACAAGCACAACUUCGAAACCGUCAUGAAGGCUUACGAGAAAAGGUUCCCCGUGUGCGAUAAGAUACCUUCAUUUUGUGGCAGUGAGGUCGUUCGAGAGACUGACGAUGGCAUCGAACAAUGUAUCGUUAGGAGGUGUUAUUUUGCGAUCGAUAUGCCACUUAUAUUAAAGAAAAUUCUCAACGUCGAUAAAAUGGUUUUCGUUCAGACGAAUGUUUUAAACAGGGAUUUGAAAACACUCAACAUUGAUGCUGUCAACGAAAGUUUUUCCUCAAAAAUAACAGUCACCGAACAUUGUGUCUAUUACAUCCAUCCAGAUAACCUAAAUUGGACUUGUUUCCAUCAACAUGCAACUAUGGACGUAAAGUCACUAUUCGGAUUGGAAAAUAUCGCCGAAAAAUUCGUUUUAAAACAAUACAACAACAAUAUUAAAAAAGGGAAAGAAAUUUUGGAGUUUUUUAUUGAAGAAAUAAAGAAA